AUGAACGUCUCCAAUCGCACGCUAGAGUCGCUGGUAGCCUUGGGGGCGAAGAUCGAGCCCAUUCUGGAGCCCGUGCCUUAUCCGUUCGCCGUCACGGCGGACCGACUUGCCAUCAACAAGCCGUGCAGGUACUCGAAGCUGCUGAUGUGGAACAUGGUGCGCUACCGCAAGCUCAUCUACCUGGACUCGGACCUGCUCGUGCUGCACAGCAUCGACGACCUCUUCCACCGCCCGCAGCUGUCCGCGGCGCCCGACACGCUGCCGCCCGACAAGUUCAACAGCGGGCUGAUGGUGGUGGAGCCCAACCGCGCCAUGUUCAAAGACAUGCUCUCCAAGAUCGCCACUCUCGUCUCACCCAACGUGGGCGACCAGGGCUUCCUGAACAGCUACUUCUCGUCGUGGUACCAGCAGGGCCCCGUGCACCACAUCGACUAUACGUACAACGCGCUCGUGCGCAUCUCCGUGUCGCCCGGCUGGCGCCUCUUCAUCGAGCCCAAGCUCAAGGUGCUGCACUUCUCGGGCAACACCAAGCCCUGGAACAUGAUGGUCGACCGCCAGGUGUGUGUGCUUCACCUCCCCCGCUUGGGUGCCUCCUCCUCCUCCUCCUCCCCCUCCUCCUCCUCCUCCUCCUCCUCCUCCUCCUCCUCCUCCUCCUCCUCCUCCUCCUCCUCCUCCUCCUCCUCCUUCUCCUCCUCCCUCCCCCCCUCCUUUCCCCUCCCGGCGUUCGACCACCGGUGGUGGGAGGUGUAUGACGACGUCUACUCCAUCCUGCACCGCCAGGCGCUCAAAUCCUCCAAGUCCUCCUCCUCCUCCUCCGCCUUCAACUCCCGCUCCACCCUCGACACCACCGCUGCUGCCACUGCAGCUGCUGCUGAGAAGGCUGGUGGUGGGGGGAGUGGAGGGGUUGGGGGGGCGGGGGAGAGCUUGGAGGCGGUGGCGACUGCUGCCCGGCUGGCAGCAGCAGCGGCGGCAGCAGCAGGGUCGCCCUCGGAGCCGCCCCAGCUGGCGCCGCAGUGCCAGCGGAACUACAUGGCGUAUGCCCGCAAGGCACCGAUAACGGACAAGUUCAGUGUGAUCAUCAACUGCUUUGACCGCUUCGACCUGAUGCUCUACUUUGUGCGGCGCUACGCGCGCUUUGAGUUCGUGCACAAGGUGUACAUCGUGUGGGGCAACACGCGCGUGACGCCCUUCCACCCCGCCUACUUCAACGUGUCCAAGCCCGUCGAGAUCCUCUACUCCGGCAUCGACUCGCUCAACGACCGCUUCAAACCCAUCCGCUCCCUGGAGACAGAGGCAGUGCUGAUGUGUGACGACGACAUCGAGGUGCAUCCAGGUGCGCUGCGAGUGGCGUUUGAGCGGUGGCAGGAGGAGAAGUACCGCCUCGUCGGCUUCUUCCCGCGCGCGCACUACCGCGAGGUCAACGGGCCGCGCAGCGGGCAGAUGACGUACGUGCUGACGCCGCGGCAGGAGUACAGCAUCGUGCUCACCAAGAUGUUCCUCAUGCACGGCGACUACCUGCGCGCGUACACCUGCAUCAUGCCGCAGCGCGUGCGCGAGUACGUGGAGCGCAACAAGAACUGCGAAGACAUCACCAUGAACUUGGUGGUGACGCAGCUGUCGGGGCUGCCGCCGCUGCUGAUGGAGGACCCCACGAAGCUCGACUACGGCACGUCGUCCGGGCUGUCGUCCCGCGGGAGCCACGACAACUCCAGGUCGGUGUGCAUGAACGACAUUGCCAUCAUGCUGGGGUACAUGUCACUGCGCAACACAUCCGAGGCCGUCACCUACUUCGAACGAGACAAGAUGGUCAAGGUGGUGAGACGGCGGCGGCUGAGCACGGCGGCGCACAUGGUGUUUGAGCCGGUGUUUGACGCGUUUGAGCACCGCGGCAGCAAGCAGUUCCUCAAGCAGCUCACCUUCCAGCACCCCCUCAUCACCACGGAGAUCGCCCAAGUGCCCACGCACACCGUCAACCGACAUGUCAUGUGCAUCAAGGGGGACAACGACGAGGACAUGGACGACCCGGCGCGCAACCAGUACACGCUGCUCGACUUCGCCUCCGUGCCCCCGGACGCGGGGCACCUCUCAGGCAGCACCUUCAUCGCGCACAGCCAGUGGGGCUUCGAGGGCCGCUUCACACUGCUGCACCUCGCCUCCUCCCUCGCCACGUGGCGCCGCUCCCACGGCUGCUUCGGCCCCGCCCGCCUCAUGCUCUUCCAGGAUGGCAUGCUCCGCACGCAGAUAUCAGCGUGGGCCAGCAACCUGCUCAAGGCAGUGCUGGGGCCGGGAGCAGCGCCGCCGUUCAAGCCACCGGACGGGGUGACGCCGCAGUGUCUGGAGAACGCGGUGGUGCUGCGGCAGCGCGACACCUUCAACGCCGAUGAGUGCAGCAGCGACGCUCAAGAGCUGCGCCGCAUUGUCCGUGCCUUCUGCCACACGCGAGUGCCAGCAGUGGCAGCAGCAGAGGACCCCCCGGCACUGCUGGGCGAGGAGGGCAUGGACGUGCGCAUAGCGUUUGCGGGCGACGCGGACAACUGGGCGCGCAUGCCGUGGUUCAACUUCUCCCUCGCCGCCACCUGGAUCCGCCAGGAGUGCGCCGUCUUCUCGCUCUCCUGCGAGGUGGCCACCGUGCCACGAGGGGAGUUCUGCCGCGUCAAGGUUUUGGGCCUGGGCCGAGCGGACAUCGUGAUUGGUCCGUGGGGUGACCGGGCACUGGACAACAUAAUAUUCCUGCUGCCCGGAACAGCGGUGCUGGAGCUGUACCCAUCGAACGCGCAUGAGGAGGACCGCAAGACCGCCAAGCUCGAGGCCGAGUGCCUUGACCUCGCCUAUGAGCAGAUGCGCAUGGACGUGGCGAUGAAGGACGUGCUGUCGUGGGUGAGCAAGCACCUGGAGACGCUGGGGCGGCGGCAGAAGGGUGGCGCAGAGGAGGGCGAGCCCACCUUCCUCGAGGCCUGCGUGCACCGCAACCUGCGCUACUGA